AUGGAGGAGCAUUUGCUUUGGAAGGGACCUCUUAAAGUCAAACCUGGGAAAAUGAUAGGCAGUGGGGUCUCAACUCCUGUAUGGGGAACCCCUUGGAUAUCGCUCGACCACCCGAUCGCGCCCAUGGGCCCUCCAACAAAGGAAAACCAAUACUGGCGGGUAGAAAACCUGUUCUUACCUGACUCAAAGGAGUGGAACCUUCCCCUGAUCCGUCAAACACUCCCAUAUUAUGAAGAGUGUAUAACCCAACUUCGACCAAACAAACAGGGAGGACCAGAUUCCUGGGCUUGGCUUCCAACCCCUGAUGGAGUUUAUACUGCAAAAUCUGGAUAUCAUGAAGCACUUAGAUCAAAAACUACAAGAAUGGAUAAAACACCAAGCUCCGAAACUGUUGAGCCUGUAGAAACUUUUCUUUGGAAAAAAGAAAUUUGGAAUAUCAAAUGCUCACCUAAAACAAAGCUCUUGCUCUGGAAAGCUGCUCAGAAAGCUAUCCCAGUUGGAAGCAACCUCCAACUCAGGCAGCUAGACUCGGACCCUCGAUGCCCACACUGUGGCAUUUUGGAAACCGAAGCCCACUUGUUUUUCCAAUGCCCCUAUGCAACAGCAGUAUGGAACCUAGCACCACACAAAGAAAAAUUCAACUUGGAGGAGAUAACGAACUUCAAAUCGGGUUUGAGCCAAACCACAAAACUCACAUGCCUCCCACCAACAGGUCUCAUGAUUGGACCUCUAGCGCCUUGGAUCAUUUGGACUCUAUGGACAACCCGAAACAAAUUAAUCUUCGACAAAGUCAAAGCUCCUGCAAAAGACACACUGGACUUAGAAAUCAUACAAGCAAACGAAUGGCAGGAUGCACAACAGGCACAAGACUCCUCACCCCCAACACAGACUCGAGCCUCAACACUUGGAACGCGAUCAACAAUAACCACAACAUCACAUAUUGUAUGCUCCAGUGAUGCAGCCUGGAGAGACAACGGCAACACGGGAUGCGCCUGGAUCUUCAAGGACUACGCCGAUCAACAACUGACCCAGGGAGCCUCCACGGCCCAGAAUAUCAGAUCACCCUUGAUGGCUGAAGCUUUAGCAACUUUCAAGGCAUUGGAAGUUGCUAUUGAAUCGGGAUUCAAUCAAGUUCACUUCGCUUCAGACUCGCAAUUGCUAGUCAAAGCACUCAAUCAGAAAUCCUCACCAAAGGAACUCCAUGGGAUUCUAUACGAUUCUCAAUCCCUAAUAUCUCAAUUUCAUCUUUGUACUUUUAAUUUCAUUCCUAGAAAUUGCAAUCGUCAGGCUGAUGCCCUUGCAAAAAACGCCCUUCGGACCCUUUGUAUCGAACCCUAA